AUGAUCGGAACUAUCGUGUUGGCCUUCAUCUGCCUGUACCUGUUCAUCGUCAUUGAGUUCUACGUGUUUGUGUUCGUGCAAGACGAGCUAGCGGUGUUUGAAGGCAAGCUGGAGAGCUACGUCGCCUCCGUGAACCAGACGGGGAACCUGACCCCAGUCAUCCUGCAGGUGAAAGAGCUGAUCACUGUCACCAAAGCACUUUCUCCCUUUGAAGUUCCGGAAUCCCGCCUCGUCGGAGAGCGUGGUGGCCAUUGCAAGGUACUCUGGCUGGCAAAUAGCCUACAUUCUGUGGGGCUACCUCAUCAUCCACGUGGUGCAGAGCUUGUGUGGCAUGGCGAUCAUGUACGGUCUGGUGCUGCCCGUCAUCCAAACCAGGCCCUAGAGAUGCUCCAAGGGCUGGGCAUUGGGAUGAAAGCGUUCCACAACUUCAACUACUUCCUGUUCUUCUACAACGUGCUGCUGGGCCUGGGCGCCUGCCUCUCCAGGCUGUUCAUCAGCUGCGUCCUGGGCACGUGGCUCAUCGCCCGCAUCGACAGGACCAUCAUGCAGAGUGGCUACGAGGGGGCAGACAUGGGGUUCAGCGCGUGGGUCGGCAUGCUCUAUGUGGACCAUUAUCACACCAACCCUGUGCUCGUCAGCUUUUGCCACAUCCUGAUCGCAGACCACAGGGAGCGGAAGCUGCAGCAGGCCAUCAAAUACUGCUACAUAGAUCAGUCAGCAGGUCCACGCGUCUCAGCUAGGUCUAGGACGAGGUGGCUCCUGCUGCAGACCCUGGUCAACAACCCCAGACUUGUCAUGCUCAGAAAACCGAAAUCAGGGCACAGCUCCCGGGAGUUUACCCAGAUUCUACUGACGUGCUCGGACUCCUGUGUUAUUCGCGCCCCCAAAGCCCCUCUUGGAUUUGCUCCCGCCACAGCGGGGAGAGCCGGGCUCCCCCGCGAGUUUGGGGCUCCUCGGAGCCGAACCGCAGACGCGUUUCCCGGGCGACGGCUUCCCCGCAGGGGCAUCCAGCCGGCAGCCAGCAUGUCGUCGGUGGGGAAGGUGACCCGCGUUCAGAAUGGCAAAGUCUACCAGCAGAUCUUCGAGGCUGAGGUGCAGCUGAUCCACUCCCUGGCCAUCAGCAGGAAGCAGGCUGCAGAGCAAUAUGUGCCCCUAAAGAGUAGCAGCACACCCAUGAUGAAGAAGAUGGAGAUUCCUGAAGGGAAGAUUAUGUCUGCUCGGCAGCAGAAGUGGGCGCACAGCCUCCCCAACGACUGGGUCACAGAAAACCCUGUUCUCUACAGGGAAAGGGAAAUAGCCCACAGGGAGAAAGUCCAGGAGAGCGAGAGCGCCGCGGCAGCCCGGGAAGUGCGUGGGCUCAUGGACACUGUGGUUCCCGAGAGCAUACACACUGUCACCCUUUGCGGGCGAGAAGAGCACAAAAGGAAGAGCUACGAACGCGCCCUGGCGAGCUUUCAGGAGGAGAUUGCUCAGAUCGGGAUGGAAAUGGAACCUCACCUCUUGGAGACAGGGAGACUUUUUUUGAAAAAACUGUCUGAAUUUAAUGAAGAAGUUGACAGGCUCUUCAGGAAGGUGGAAAACGACAUCAACCUAGAGCACUACACCAUGCAGGCCCUGUCGGAGCUGUGGGAUAAGGUGGCCAGGGUGUUCCAGCUUCAGAAACAGAAGAUCAAGGAGCUGGACGAGGCAUUGCACUCCCUGGAGUUCUCCCGCUCCGACAAACUAAAAAGUGUGCUGCAGAAGUAUGUGAAAGUCAUAGGGAAGACUUCCUACCUCAUGCAGCCGGAUGUGUACAGGCUGAUUGAUAAAGAAGCCAUGGUCAUAAACCAUGCCCUGCUGGGCAACCGGAGGGCCCUGGCCCAGCUGUUCGUCAACCUGAUGGAGGCCACCCUGCGGGAGGAGCUGGACAGCCACCACCACUGGCAGGGCCUGGUGGACUCCUGGAAGAUUCUCAAGAAGGAGGCCAUGCUGGAGAGUUUCAGUGAGUUCAUGGCCAAUGAGCAUAUCCGGGCUCCUCCAGCUGUGAAGAAGGAACUGGAGGUCAUGCUGAAGACCCAGAACACCCUGCAGAAGAAGCGGGUGGAGCAUCUCUGCACCAUCUGCGACCUGCUGCCCCCCAAUUACAGCAAGACUCGGCUGAAUAAGUGGUAUCUUUCUCUCAAGGCCCUGAACAAGCAGCUUGACACCUACCACAUGGACUGCCUGGUGCGCAUCCGCUUCCACUAUGAGAACACCUGGCAGGAGUGCCUGGACCGCAUGCAGGACUGCAAGAAUCAGCUGCUGGACUGGAAGGCCUUCACCGAGACAGAGGCAGAGACCCUGGUGAACCAGUCCUUAUUCCAGAUGGUGGGAGAGAUCCAGGUCAAGGUGGAGGAGGACCUGGAGCUCUUGGACAAAUCCUUCGAGGCCCUGGCUAAGCAGAUGGAGUGGCAAAGCUCCAACCUCUUCAGCUACUUCCAGAAGGCAGUGCAGCUGUGGGAGGUGCACCAGGGCAAGCUGUCGGUGCAGGAGCUGGAGCUGGAGAAGAGGAUGGAGGAGGACCAGGAGAAGCACAGCCUGGAGAACCAGGUUCUGGAGAGCCACUUUGAUGAGCUCUUGGACCAACUGAGGCAGCAGAGCCACAAAGAAACACUGGCAGUUCACCUGGAAAAGGCUAAAGAUUUUCUGAAGAACAUGAAAUCCAGGUAUAAGUAUUUUCAUCUCUUCCUGACAAAGGAAGUGAUGGAGUACCCAACGAUCAUACUGAAUGAACUCAACUCCUACAGCUUCGCCCUCAGCCAGCACUUCUUCGUGCGUGAAAUCUUUGAACAGAACUUGGCUGGAGAAGUCAUUUUCAAGUUCAGGCAACCAGAAGCACAUGAAAAGCCCUUCCAGAAGAAAGUUAGAAGACUGAAGAAAGAGCUAGGGGAUAAAGUGGAAAUAAGCCAAAGUGAGGAAAGCAUAAGUGCAGGGACAAGUUCUACCAGCUCAGCAGAAGAGAUGAAAGAAGAAAAGUAUCAAGAAACAGAGUCCUUCAUAACUGAAGAGGUCCUGAGCCAGCAGGAAAAGUCUGCACUGAGCGAAGAGAUGGAUGAGUCCAAAGAGGGCUCUAGUCAAGAACUGGAAGAAAUGCAGGUCAAAAGAGAGAGCUCCUUGAACCAGGAAAAUGAGGAGGAAGAGGUGAAGGUGGAAAAGGAGAAGGAGGAAGAGGAGAGGGAGGAAGAGGAGAGGGGAGAAGAUGAAAAAGAGGAGGAGGAGAAGGAGGAGGAAGAAGAGGAGGAGGCAAGGGAAGAGCAAGAGAAUUUCUCAGUGAGUGAGGGUGAAUACUAUGAAGAGGACCUGGAGGAGAUGUACUAUGAGUGCAUGGAGUCCUUCAAAACCUCCAGUGGAAACACUUACUUUGUCUUCCUGCCCCUGGAAGAAGAAGAGCAUUUCAGGAAGCCCCGUUCCUGCUUCUCAGCCACGCUCCUCAACAACACUUCCAGUACCAAGUACAUAGAACAAGUGAUCAUCCCAACCAAACUAAUUUUAGAAAUUAAGAAACAACUUCGAGCUGGCUUCUUUGAACACCUGGAGAAGUGGUUUGACCAGUGUGCCCUCAAUGCCCGGGUCAUCGUGGCCACCAAGAUUGAUGAGCUGGAUUCAGAACUGGACCUGCGUCUGCACCUGCACCAGCCAAGAGCCCAGAACAUUGAAAAGGACAUUCACAACGUCAGGGCAGCUGAGCUCCUGCUUCACCAAGAGCGGUUGGACAGCCACUGUGCGGGCGUGGUUGAGAUGCUGAAGAAGAAGAGGCUGAUGUUCUGCCAGUUCCACGAAGAGCAAAACGCGAGGAGCAAAACCUUCCGCCGCAAGAUUCACGACAUGGAGCACAUGUUCUUGAAUGCCACCAAGAGCCAAAAGCUGGUUGCUCUCAGCAGCACACUGCAGCGGGAGCUGCUCAGCUAUGUCGAUGUCACGCAGGUGUCCCUGCGCAGCUUCCGCCAGUACCUGGAGGAGACUCUGGGCAAACUCCGCCUCACAAACAUCGAGUUCGUCAAGCACUGCAGAUUGUUUUCCGACGGAGGCAACUUUUCUCUUGAAGAAAUCAGCUCACUGUGUCAUCGGCUGGAGAAGGAAGCUUCUCGGAUAGAGUUUGUUGAAAGCUUAAUCAUGCUCUAUAUGGAGAAGAUGGAGACCGAAUACCUGGACCAGGCCAAUGAAGUCAUCAGCAAGUUUGAAAGUAAAUUCCAUCACCUGUCCGUGGACCUUAUUUUCAUAGAGAAAAUCCAGCGGUCGCUGACAAAUCUACAAGUGAACAUCAAGUGCCAGGUGGCAAAAUCCAAUUUGCAAGCAGAUCAGUUAAAUUCUUUCCUGGAACAGCUUCAGUGCAAGAUAGACACUUGUCGAGACACAAAGUGUGAUAAAACAGGAGUGACCACAGAAGACCUCAUGGGCUUUAUCCGAACUUGGAAAGAAAGACUGAGCCAGAGGAUCCAUUACCUCAACUGCAGCCUGGACACGGUAUCUGUGACGAAGGUGGUCUUUACGGACACCAUCUUGACUGACCUGGAGGAGGACAGUGAAAUUGUGGUAUCUUUAGAAGUCCUCGAAGACGAGCCCAAGGAGGAACCGGUCAACCCUGAGUCAUUUGCCCUGCCGAGCCGCAUGGGGAAGCCCAUGAUUGAAGACCCAGCUGUGGAGGUGGUCAAAAAGAUCCUGCACUUAAAAUGGCCAGACCAGAGUGACAAAGAUCGGUUCCAGACAGGCCUGAAGCGUCGGUACCGGCCAGAAAGCAUUAUGAAGAAGGCCACGCCCAUUGCCAGCACCACUUCUGCAGGGAGCCUCCGGAGCAGUGAGCCACCUUUGUCCCACAGCUUCACAAGGCAUAUCAAGCUCAGUAGAAUGGACAGAAAGUACCAGGUGCUUGGGGAAAAGCCGCCGCCUCCUGCCCAGGAUUUUAAAGGGACCAUCAUGCUCCUCCUCUGGGAGAGCAACGAGCACCUGCUGUCGGUUGCGGAGGAGUUUUACCGCAAAGAGAGGCAGCGCCCAAUAACCAGGCCUGACUGCAUGUAUGAAACCUUCGACCAGUGUGCCGACAACAUCUGCAAGAAGAUCCUGGAGUACCAGAGCCAGACGGAGGAGUACCACAACUCCUGCCUUGUGGAAUUACGGGCCCAGAUGAGGAAAUUUGAGGAGAUGCUGCCCAAAGUGUGUUGGCUGGUGAUGGAGAAUUUCAAGGAGCACCACUGGAAAAGAUUUUCCACCUCUAUGAAAGAGAACCGAGGAAAGUUUGAGGAACAGCAGAAGAAGCUGGAGAGAAGAAAGGAUAAAAAUGCUCAGAAGCUCCAUCCUAGUCUUGGACACCCCACACAUUUUCAAGAAAUGGAAUCUCUACAUUUAGCAGAAGAGAAAAGACAGGAAGAGCUGGACAAUGCUAUUAGGAAACACAAGGAGAAGCUGGAGGAAUUAACCUGGAAGAACGGCCGGAGUUUCAUAGCCAGCUUGGCCUCCUUCACCGAGAAGUUCCUGAUGCAGUUGGAUGAAGUGGUCACCAUCGACGACGUCCAGGUUGCAAGGAUGGAGCCCUCCAAGCAGAAAAUGUCACUCCUCAUACGGAGGAAGCUCUCUGGGGUGUCCCUGGAGGAAGAGAGUGAGAAGCCCCUGAUUGAACGUGGGAGCAGGAAGUGGCCAGGAAUCAAACCCACCGAACUCACGAUUCAAACCAAGAUUCUUCUCCGGAAAACAGCAUCGAUCUUCACCAUCAAAACAACCCUGGGCCACCUGGCGGCCGUGGAAGCCCGAGACGCUGUGUACCUGAAAUACUUAGCAUCAUAUGAGGAGGAGCUGAAGAGGAUCCAGGAUGACAACGCGCUUCAGGAGAAGGAAGCGCAGCGCUGGAAGGACAGCUGGAAGCAGUCCCUGAACACCAUCCAGGGCCUCUACUUGUGACGCCCUCCACCCCACCCUGAAUAAAUGCCUGUUUCAUGUAGA